UUAGCUUCCGGGCGGAAAGAACCCACGUGGAGUCGGAGAGGGAGGCUCCAGCCCGAGUGGCGCGACCCGGGCCUCGGCUACGUUGGAUCCCGGCUCUAUGUCCACUUCCUCUCGGCGAGCAAGCCAUGGCUGGAAGAGGAGGCAGAGGGAGGGGUCGGGGCCAGAUGACCUUCAGCGUGGAAGCAGUGGGCAUUGGGAAAGGAGAAUUGCUGCCCCCGUCCACCCUCCAGCCGUCGCCACUUUUCCCCCCCAUGGAGUACAAGCCGGUCCCUCUGCAGACGGGUGAGGAGGUGGAAUACAUGCUGGCCCUAAAGCAAGAAUUGAGGGGAGCCAUGAAGAGCCUGCCAUAUUAUGUCAAGCCGGCUGCCCCCAAGAAAGAUGUUGAGCGCUACUCAGAUAAAUAUCAGACGUCAGGACCUAUUGAUAACGCUAUCGACUGGAACCCAGAUUGGCGGCGGUUACCACGGGAGCUAAAGAUCCGAGUUCGAAAGCUCCGGAAGGAGAGAAAAUCCCUCCUGCUCCCCAAGCACAAACAGCGCCUCCCGGUGGACAAGGAGGAAGCCAUCAAGAAACUGGAGACCCUGGAGAAGAAGGAGGAGGAAGUGACGUCGGAGGAAGAAGGGGAGAAGGAGGAGGAAGAGGAAGGCAAGGAAGAGGAGGAGGAGGAGUACGACGAGGAGGAGCACGAAGAGGAGACGGAUUACAUCAUGUCCUACUUCGACAAUGGGGAGGAGUUUGGGGCCGACAGCGAUGACAACAUGGACGAGGCCAUAUACUGAGGGGGGCUGCGUGGACGCCAGACGGGCGCGAAGGGCGCUCCGACUCCUGGGUCUGCAGACCCCGGCCUUCUGCCAUGGUGGUGACGGCCUCUCCCACUGGGAAGCAAGGGGGGCGCUGUGUCAGGAUGUUCCCCCAUCCUUCUUCCGACUCACUCACCAUUUCUGUGGCCACGGUGGGAGGCCUGGAUUCCGGAUCAGCCGCUGCGGCACAGGGCCAGCAGGGGGCGCUGACGGGUUCCCACCCUCCCCUCCAGAGGAAGCUCUGUCGCUUCACCCCUAGGGGGUGCUCUCCAUCCAUUUUCCAUCAGCUGCUUCUUGGAGGAGGAUGGAAAAUUGGGCAGGGAAGGUUAAGAGAAUUGAACUGAAGCUGAUGGAACCAACCUGUCCAAGUCACCCCCUCUGCCUUCUGAUUUCCACUCCCACCGCCAUUUGUUGGGGCUGGGUCCUGCCUCGCUCACCUAUAGGAGAAACUGACCAUCACCAUCCUGGGACUGUAACGUCCCCUGUUAAUUAGCAUCUGCCCCAAAGGAGUGGGUGACACCAGCAUUGACACACAGCAGGGAGUGGCAGGCAGAUAUCCUCCUUCGACUGGUCCGCUUCCUUCCCGCCCGCCAUCUGGACCUGAACUCCAUCCCAGCUCUUUGAGCUGGGAACGUAGAGGAGGAGGGUGUGUCUAUUUCGGAGUCGGUCCACGGUUUUAAUAGGAAACUCCCUUGCACCAGCAGGAUCCUAGGAUGAUGGGGCAACACGAAUGGAGCUGUUCUCCUGCCUGAUGCCUCUUCCCAGGCCUGAUUCUCCAGGCCCUGACCCCCACCCUGUGCCCUUCUUUCCCCCGGUGCAACACACUGGGGCAGCCAGCAGCUUUGCACAGCCCCGUGGGGUGCCAAGCGGGAGGUCGCACCAGGAUUUUGCACGGGGCUAAAGAAUCGCACAAGAUGCAGGACCUCGGAGAAUUAGGCCCGCAGGGGGGCAGGGUCUUGAAGAGGAUUUUAAUCCUAUUUCCAACUCUGGGCAGCUGCUCACUUCCCUGCCUCCCCCCCCCAGGG